UAAUUUCACAUAGGGCUGAAGGUUUAAGAGGACCCGGUGCAACCUGCCUCGAAAUAAACCCAACCUCUUCCCUCUGCUCUGUGGUUAUGAGUGACAUGGGAAGAGACACCUCCCAAGCCCAAGUGUAAACGUCCUCUGGUGGGUGAUGGGCUUUGAGAAGUCCUAGGAAGAGCCCCUCGCCCUGGCAUUCCAUCGUUUAGUCUCCCCCCGCUCAAGUUCCUUCAUAUUGGAGAGACCCUCUUUUGGUUUGGGGGUGGUGGUGGUAGGAUCUCACCUAAAGGGACAAAAGCCAAGGGAGGGAGAAAUAGAAUUCAAUUCUCCACCCAAAGGCAGCCUGUUGUAGCACGGUGGGGGGAAACAGCCAGCCCUGACCUCCGUCAGACACUGGCGUAUGUGUGUGUGUGUUCCUGUGUGUGCAUUUGUGUGUGUUCAUGUGUACACACGUGCGUGGCACAGGGAACAUCCCAUACCAAGCCUUCUGGCAGCUCCAAGCGUGGGUCUUUUAGGCCAGUUCCAUCCGUGUCACCUGAAAGAUGUUAAAAAUGCAGAAUUUCAGGUCUUAGCUCAGACCCACGGAAUCAGAAUCUGCAUCUUAGCCAAGUUCCUGGUGAAUCAUAUACAGAUUAAAUUUGGAGAAGCUCUGGCCCAAACUGUUCCCACUGUCUGCCUGGGCCAGAGUUCUUUCUUCACUGUCAGUAAGCUCCGUCCUCUAGGCUCCGAGGUCCCUUCCCCACUCAUAGUUGGGUAGGGACACAGCCCCUCACACCCCACUUUCCCGCUAGGACCCUGGCCUUUCUCUGACACCGGAAGAGACAAGCUGCUUCACAGAGCAACAAGACCUAGCCCAGCACCCUCUGUGGAGCACAGGUCUCUGCAACCUCUCCAGUUUCUGUGUCUACAAAAAGCCAGUCACACCCAGGCGCUCAGGGUGCCACAGGCUAAGGGCACUGGCACGCAGCAUAGAGUAACCACAUCCUGGCAGAGGGGGCCAAAGGGAAAUUGUGUCUUUUUCAUUUUUCUUCCCAGGUGUUUCUCUUUUACUCAUCAGUACUGGGGGGUGAACCAGGGCCUCGAAGGCCCUGAGCACGUGUCUUACCCUGAGCUAUUCCCCAGCCUUCUGUCUUUAUUUUUUCUUGAUCAGUUCCACAGGUGUUUGCAGACUAAGACUGUCCUCACCUCGUCUCUGCUGGACUCAGCCAGGGUCCCCCUCUUCGCUGGCCUCCCACGCCCACCUCCAGCGGGAUCUGCAGGCCUGUGCUGUGGCCCCCUCUCUCUCUCAGCAUGGUGGUACUGGGUCUCAGUCUGAGACUUUUGAAGCCAAGGCUGACACUUUGCCGCUCUGCACCCACACCACCCAGUCCUGCUCUUUCUCUCCCGGUUCUCCAGUGCCUCAGGUUUCCCUCCUUUAGCUGCAAUCAAGGCAACUUCAGAACUCAGUGGCUUCCUGGGAAUGCGCCCUGUCACCAGAGAGAGCAGCCCCCCACCAGAAUUCAACAUCUCCAGCUUGUCUGGCGUACUGUCACCAGCGCUGGCGGAGAGCCUACUGGUUGCCUUGCCUCCUUGUCACCUUACAGGAGGCAACGCCACACUGAUGGUCCGGAGAGCCAAUGACAGCAAAGUGGUGAACUCCAGCUUUGUGGUCCCUCCGUGCCGAGGACGCAGGGACCUGGUGAGUGUGGUUGACAGCGGGGCUGGCUUCACGGUCACGAGGCUCAGUGCGUACCAGGUGAUGAACCUCACACCAGGAACCAAAUACUACAUCUCCUACCGAGUACAGAAGGGGACGUCCACUGAGUCCAGUCGGGAGAUCACAAUGUCCACGCUUCCUCGAAGGACUGUAGAGUCCAUCAGGGUGGGAAUGGCCCGAACCGGAGGCAUGGUGGUCAUCACAGUGCUGCUGUCCGUGGGCAUGUUCAUACUUGUUUUGGGCCUCAUCAUCACCCUAGCACUGGGCGCCCAGAAGUGAGGAGGGCUGGCCUGCACGCUGGGCUCUCCAGGACGCCUCCUUCCAGGCCUUGGCCAACACCUGUGGCUCCUCCAAUGCCUUUAUCACCCCCUCCCUGCCCCGUCCCCUGGGGUCCUUCCUCCCUCUGUCCCUUGCAUUGCCCCCCAGUGCCUCACCUUGUGAUGUCCCUUGAGGCUCCUCACCUGCUCUGGUCAGCAUCCACCUUCCGCCUGUUUCACCCCGCUGCCCCUGCACAUAACAAUGCACCCCUCCCUCUGUGACCUGGGAUUCAAUAAAGGCUGCCUGUCAUGUGUUUCCCUCUA